AUGGAUAUUUCUGUUCCAAACACUCCAUCUCGAGAUAAAACCAUCCCAAGUACUCCCCCCGAAGAAUAUGAAACCAUCGCAACCCUUCCUCUCUCUACAUUAACCCCACAAAGAUUCACCCAACCUACUCAACUUCUUGAACAACCAUACUCAGUACGAAAUAAUACUGUAAUCCAAGUCGCUGCAUCGUCGCCUGCGGGCCCGAUUUCUUCUCCUCCUCGCAAACCGCAGGGUGGCCUCCUUUCGUCCCUGAUCGCCCCCUCUGGUACCCAUUUCCGACCUCCUGCCUCCGGUCCUGCGAAGCGCACACCACAAUUUGACCUCGACGACGGUCCUACAUAUCGAGGCGGUUCCUCAGACGAAGAGUCGCAUUUCAGAAGCACUGACAUCAAACCUUCUAUGUUCGAAAAAACCAUUCGAAGUAUCGAGAAAGAAAAAAUCAUGGAGUCCCCUGUCCGCACCGACCCCGGAUCGAUUGAUCGAUUUCGUGAAAUUACAGCAAACGCAAUGUACGACCCAAAAAACACCACUAUGAAGCGAUCUGCGGAUGAGAUGAGUCCUCCCGCAAAGGGCGUGGCCAUCAAGAAGGCCCGCCAAGAUGUGCCCUCUCGCGCACAGCCCGUGGAUGAUAUCCAGCUCCACCAGAUUCAAGACUUCCGAUUGCGCGUAAAAGUUGAGCGCGCUGUGAAAGUCAUGAGCCAUCUGUCUGUCCGAACCUGUAUGGAUGCGCUCUUGCAGACCAAGGGCAAUUUCGAUGCAGCCCUUACAAACCUGGCCAACUUUCACACUAACAAUACGCAAUCCGUGGUCAUCGAAUCCUCCGAGGAUGAGCUGAGUGCUUCCCCGGCCGCCGGCGUGGCCCCUGUGGCCAAACAAAAGAUCAAGGCUCGUGGAACUAUCCAGGAUAAAUGGGCUGCAAUGAAUCUCCCCGCGAAGGGCGGUGACUCCGAAGAAGAAGAGGGAAAGCCGAGGCGCCGACUUAUUCGAGGCCCAAAGUCUGAUAUUUCUUCUCGCCCUGCUUCGCCUCCUCGUCCCAUCACCAUCGAGGACACCCCUCCGAAGAAGACGGGCCGUCUCCAGAAGGGAAGAAAGAUGCGUUCGCCUGAUCGAUCUGAAUCACCCGAGGCCAUGAUGAGUGACUCAGACGAUUCUGAUGCCCAAGUGAAGGAAACCACCGCUGGCGGAUUGGAUUCCAAGGUCCUGAAAUUCUUCAACACCUGCGCUGUUCGUGAGCUCGCCGAUCUCGCUUCUGUCCCCGAGGAAACUGCUCAGAUUAUUAUGAACAACCGUCCAUAUAGAUAUCUUGAUGAAGUGCGUGUUGUGUCUGCCCCGGUACCUGAAACUACGAAACCCAAGGGCAAACGAGGUGGCAAGGCCCCCAAGCCCAUUGGCGACAAAAUUGUUGACAAAUGUGUGGAUAUGUGGACCGGCUACCUGGCAAUUGAUGCUCUUGUGAGCGAAGUGGAGGCUCUCGGUAAGCCCGUCGCCGAUGAAAUGAAGAAAUGGGGCGUCGAUACUUUCGGCAAGCGUGAAGGCGAGCUUGAGCUCACAAAAAUCGCUGCUGUGAAACCCGAACAUGACUCGGGUAUUGCCACUCCUUCAUCUUCGCGCCAAUCUCCAGAUAGCGAUGACGACAUGGUCCAGUCUAAGCGCAAAUCUCGUUUGAUCUCACAGCCUGCUAUCAUGGCCAAGGAUCUGGUGAUGAAGGAUUAUCAAGUUGUCGGCAUCAACUGGCUGAGACUGCUGUUCGAGAAUGAAUUGAGUUGUAUUCUGGCCGACGACAUGGGUUUGGGCAAAACUUGUCAGGUUAUCGCUUUCCUUGCUCAUUUGUAUGAGACAGGCGUCAAGGGUCCUCACCUGAUUGUUGUCCCUUCUUCGACCAUCGAGAACUGGCUCCGCGAGUUCCAAAAGUUCUGCCCGGCUCUGAAUGUCAUGCCUUACUACGCUGGCCUCGCAGAGCGCGCCGUAAUCCGUGAGACCAUCGAGGAUAACCGCGACGAUAUUAAUGUUGUCAUCACCACUUACACUAUUGCCAAAGCAAAGGUUGAUGCCAAGUUCCUUCGUGACAUGGAUUUCACUGUUUGUGUCUAUGACGAAGGUCACAUGUUGAAGAACCACCAAUCGCAAUUGUACGAGAAACUAAUUCGGAUUCGCGCUCGUUUCCGUCUCCUCCUCACUGGUACACCUUUACAAAACAACUUGCAGGAACUUGCAUCGCUUCUCGGCUUCAUCCUUCCAAGUGUCUUCCAAGAGCACAAGGAAGAUCUCCACGCCGUGUUCUCGAACAAAGCCAAAACAACUGACGAAUCUCACGCCACCCUUCUGUCCGCGCAGCGCAUCGAGCGCGCCAAGUCAAUGAUGAAACCUUUUAUUCUCCGACGCAAGAAGCACCAGGUCAUCGAUCUUCCAGCCAAGCACUCUCAUGUCGGAUGGUGCAAGAUGAAGCCCUCCCAGGUCGAGAUUUACGAUCACGAAAAAGACCAAGUGCGUCAGCUCUUGGAAGACCGCGCCGCUGGAAAGAAGACCGGUUCGAAGUCUGCCAACAUUCUCAUGAAGCUACGUCAAGCUGCUAUUCACCCUCUUCUUGCUCGCCGCCAUUACACCGACGAAAUUCUCCAGAAGAUGGCCAAGGCAUGCUUGAAGGAAGAGAAAUGGUCAUUCUCCGACCCGAAGAUUAUCCUGGAAGAACUCAUGCCCUACAACGACUUUGAAUGCCACCACAUGUGUCUUGAGAACCCCAACUCGCUCGGCAAGUUCAAGCUCAAGAACGAUGAAUGGAUGGACUCCGGAAAGGUGGAGCACAUGAAGGAACUUCUCACCCGCUUCAUCGCCAAUGGCGACCGCACCCUGAUCUUCUCGCAAUUCACCAUGGUGAUGGACAUCCUCGAACACGUCCUCGAGACCCUGAAGAUUGAGUUCGUCCGUCUGGACGGCCGCACCAACGUCGAAGACCGUCAGUCCAUCCUGGACGCUUUCCACGAGCGUACCGAGAUCCCUGUCUUCCUGCUGUCGACCAAGGCAGGUGGUGCAGGCAUCAACUUGGCCUGCGCCAACCGCGUCAUCAUCUUCGACUCAUCCUUCAAUCCUCAGGAAGACGUGCAGGCCGAGAACCGUGCCCACCGUGUGGGUCAGACCCGCGAGGUGGAGAUCUACCGCCUGGUCACCAAAGACACCAUCGAAGAGCAGAUCUACGCUCUGGGCCAGACCAAGCUGGCUCUUGACCAGGCUGUUGCUGGUGAGGAUGGCGCUGAUGCUAAGAAGGGCGAGGAACAGGGCAUGAAGGUCGUUGAGACCAUGAUGUUGGCUGAGCUGCAGAAUAAGAAGGAGGAAAAGAAGGAGGAGGAAACUAAGGAUUGA